CCCAUAUAAAAAGACAACUUCAUCAGCUGAGUGACCACCAAUUCAACUGAAUCGUCUUCACAUCGGCGAGAGUGCAGGAAAGGCUGCAUCGCCGUGACUCUUUUGUCCACCAACCUCCCACCAUCAUCACCAUCAAACUUGUCUUGAGAACAGCCAACCAGCAAAGAUGACCGAACAAGUCCUGUCGAUCGACCUCAAGUCGCUCCCCAAGGUUGCGUCAGGCAAGGUGCGCGACCUGUACGACCUCGACGCCGAGACGAUGCUCUUCGUCUCCUCGGACCGCACCUCAGCCUACGAUGUGAUCAUGGACAACGGCGUGCCCGGCCGUGGCACCAUCCUGACCAUGAUCAGUGCCUUCUGGUUCCGCCUCCUCUCGCAGAAGGUCCCAGGUCUGAAGACCCAUUUCGUCACCCUCCAACCGCCCGCCGACCGCCUGAGCCAGGACGAGCUCCCCUUGGUACGUGGCCGCAGCAUGCAGGUGCGGAAGCUCAAGAUCUUCCCCGUCGAGGCCAUUGUGCGCGGCUACCUCGCAGGGUCGGCAUGGAACGAGUACAAGACCCACGGCACCGUGCACGGCAUGCAGAUGCCUCAGGGCCUGCGCCAGUGUGAGGCCCUCCCGCAGGGGCCCAUCUACACGCCCAGCACCAAGGCCGAGUAUGGGGAGCACGACGAAAACAUCACGCCCGAGAAGGCCGCCGAGAUCAUCGGGAACCCAGACCACGCCAAGCGGAUCGAGGAGCUGGCCCUGGCUGUCUUCAAGGCCGGCUCCGCGCAUGCCCGCGAGAAGGGCAUCUUGAUUGCCGACACCAAGUUUGAGUUUGGGCUAGACGAGGCUACGGGCGAGGUCGUGCUUGUGGAUGAGUGUCUGACGCCCGACUCGAGCCGUAUGUGGCCCGCGGACAAGUACGAGGUCGGGAGGGACCAGGAGAGCUUCGACAAGCAGAUCAUCCGCAACUGGCUGACGAGGGAGGGCCUGAAGGGCAAGCAGGGAGUCAGCCUUCCCGAGGAGGUCAGGCAAGCGACGCUGGGGAAGUACAAGGAUGUUUUCCAGAGACUUACGGGGACGACGGUGGAGGAUGCAUUGGUCAAGGAGGGCCUCUGAACUGGGGGUGGUCUCUCGGUGCAGGACUGUCUCUUUAUUUAUCCUUCAAGUCAUGCAUACUC